AUGAGGCCAUCCAUGCUCAGAUCCAUCCACUCAGUCGUUUCCCGCAACCGCUCUCACCUAGCCCGCCGUGGCUAUGCCACCGAACCGGUUCCAGAACGCAAGGUGGCCAUUCUCGGCGCUGCCGGCGGGAUCGGUCAGCCCCUCUCUCUUCUGAUGAAGCUCAACCCUCUCGUUUCAAGCCUAUCUCUUUACGAUAUCGCUGGAACUCCUGGUGUUGCCGCCGAUGUUAGCCACAUCAACUCCAGAUCUGAGGUUGCUGGGUAUGCGGGUGAGGAAGAGCUUGGUAAAGCUUUGGAGGGUGCUGAUGUUGUUAUUAUUCCUGCUGGUGUGCCAAGAAAGCCUGGAAUGACUCGUGAUGAUCUUUUCAAUAUUAAUGCUGGCAUUGUCAAGUCACUUGCCACUGCUAUUGCUAAGUACUGCCCCCAUGCCCUUGUUAACAUGAUAAGCAACCCUGUGAACUCCACAGUUCCCAUUGCUGCAGAGGUUUUCAAGAAGGCAGGGACAUAUGACGAAAAGAGAUUGUUUGGUGUUACCACCCUUGAUGUGGUUAGGGCAAAAACUUUCUAUGCUGGCAAAGCUAAAGUUCCAGUUGCUGAUGUCAAUGUACCUGUUAUAGGAGGACAUGCAGGAGUUACUAUUCUCCCACUAUUUUCUCAGGCAACACCUUCUGCCAAUCUGAGUGCUGAUGUCAUUGAGGCUCUAACAAAGAGGACUCAAGAUGGUGGAACAGAAGUUGUGACUGCCAAGGCUGGAAAGGGUUCUGCAACUUUGUCCAUGGCUUAUGCUGGAGCCAUAUUUGCUGAUGCUUGCCUCAAAGGUCUUAACGGAGUUCCAGAUGUCGUUGAGUGCUCAUAUGUGCAAUCCAAUAUCAUCAGUGAACUUCCUUUCUUUGCUUCCAAGGUGAGAAUUGGGAAGAAUGGUGUUGAGGAAAUUCUGGGCUUAGGUUCUCUCUCAGAUUUUGAGCAAGAAGGUCUUGAAAAACUCAAGUCUGAACUCAAAUCAUCUAUUGAAAAGGGAAUCAAAUUUGCCUCCCAGUAA